AUGAGGACCGUACUAAUGGCCCUCGUGGUGUUGUGGUUGUGUAACCUAACUGUGGUUCUACCGGUCAUUUUAGGACAACAGGCCAAAGACAAUUUGGAUAGAGAGAAAGAACAAGACAGUCCACAUGGAAAUUCUACUGUCAGUAAUAGUAAUAAUAGAAGUAGUCAUUUUUAUAUUAAUAAUAUAAGUAGUAAUAUUAGUAGUAAUAGUAGUCAUAGCAACCGUGGUAGGUAUAAAAGUGGUAGAUUUAAAUCAAGGACAAGUGGUUGGUACUCAAGGGGAGAUAAUGAUGUAUUGUCGCAGCUGGUGCUGUCAGUAAGUGCCCCUGACCUGUUUGAAGACAUCACGGUGGUAGUGACCCAGGUCUCGGAGUUUCUCUCCCCUGGCUUUGUCAUCCAGCGGGUGCAGGGAAACGUCUCCUGGCUGGAGGAGGUCAGUGAUCAGCGUUUGGAUUGUUUUUAUUCUGGGAUCGUUCUGGAGGAUGAGCACGGAUCCAGUGUGGCCAUCAGCACGUGUGACGGGGUG